AUGACAUCAGUUCCCAAUAUGAAUAUAGAUACCUCAGAAAGAGAGCCUCGUAACUUUUCUCCUUCACCGGAUUUUAAAUGGCUUUGUAAUGAACUUUUUGUUAAACUUGAUGAGGUACGUUUGAAACCAAAAUCAGUUGACACAAGACCGAAAAAUAUUCAAUAUGAUAUUGUUAUAAAUAAUUUUAUACAUCUUUGGAGAGUUACAGUUGGGAAUGAUAUAUAUCCUGCAUUAAGGUUGAUUCUACCAUAUAGAGAUAGAAGGAACUAUUAUAUUAGGGAACACACAUUAAUAAGGAUAGUUUGUGACUAUUUGAAAUUACAGAAAAAUUCAGUUACUGAACAAAGACUGAGAAGAUGGAAACAAAAGGCUAGACGUUCCAUUAAUCUGUCCUCCUUUUGCAUUCAAGAAAUAAAGAAAAGACUUUCAGAGCCAGUAUCAAAAGAGAAGAUCACAAUUGAUAAACUAAAUUCUAUACUCGAUUCCUUAUCAAUGGAGAGGAGCAGUUCUAAAAUUACAAAUGGAUCAUCUGGUAAGAAAUUAUCACAGUUAGAAUCCAUAAAGUAUUGCUUUGAAAAUAUGAGCUUUAUUGAAUUAGAAUACUUUUUUGAUAUCCUAAUAAAGGCAAGGUUAAUAGGUGGUUUGGAACACAAAUUUUUAAAUGCCUGGCAUCCUGAUGCUAACGAUUAUUUAAGUGUAGUAUCUGAAUUAAAUAUCGUUACAGAAAAACUUUGGAAUCCUAACUUUAGGUUAAAUUCCAAAGAUCUGACAAUUGCGUUACAUAAUGCAUUUGAACCACAACUAGCCAAAAAAGUCAAUCUUUCAUAUGAGGUACUUUCUAGGAGGAUGAACAAUAAGUUUACCAUCGAAGAAAAAAUGGAUGGUGAAAGAAUUCAGAUUCAUUAUAUGGAUUAUGGUCAUCAAAUAAAAUACUUUAGUAGACGUGGAAAUGACUAUACGUAUUUAUAUGGAAAAGACAAAAGUACUGCAACAAUAUCAAAGUAUUUGCAGCUUAAUGAAGACGUAAAAGAAUGUAUAUUGGAUGGAGAAAUGGUGAGUUACGAUAAAUCAAGAAAUUGUAUUUUACCAUUUGGUAUGGUUAAAAGUGGAGCUGCAAAUUCUUUAAAAAUCGACGGACUUGAAAAUGAUCUCUGUAGUCCAUUGUUUAUAGUUUUUGAUGUUUUAUUUUUGAAUGGGUCCCCAUUAACAAAUUUACCAUUAUACCAAAGGAAGGAAUAUCUGAGUAAUAUUUUAACUCCCAAAAAAUCACACAUAGAGAUAUUAAAAUUUUCUAUAGCGCAUGACAGUGAAAGUAUCCGAUCAGCAUUACAAGCUGCCAUAUCAGUAGGUUCAGAGGGAAUUGUACUAAAAAAAUAUGAUUCAUUAUAUUCUGUUGGAGAUAGGAACAAUGAUUGGAUAAAAGUUAAACCAGAAUAUUUGGAACAAUUUGGAGAAAACUUAGACUUAAUUGUCAUUGGAAGAGAUCCUGGAAAGAAGGAUUCUUUAAUGUGUGGAGUAGCAGUUCUAGAAAAUGAGGAGUCUUAUGAAAAAAUUUUGCAGGAAGAAGUCAUAACUCUGACUUCCGAUGAUGAUGAUAGUCAGAAUAAUAUUCCUGAGGAUAAACCAAUACGAACUAAAAGGAUAACAAAAUUCAUAUCUUUUUGCGUCAUUGCAAAUGGAAUUUCUAAUGAAGAAUUCAAAGAAAUAGAUAGAAAAACUUUUGGCUGUUGGAAGAAAUUUUCAGAUGAAGCACCACCAACGGAUUACCUUGAAUUUGGAACCAGAUUACCUGUGGAGUGGAUCAACCCUCACGAUUCUGUAGUUUUAGAAGUGAAAGCUAGGUCUUUAGAAAAUAAUGAAGCUUUGAGGGAUAAAUUUAAAACUGGAUAUACUCUUUAUGGAGCAUAUUGUAGACGAAUUCGCACAGACAAGGAUUUUAAUGAUUGCUAUACAUUUUCUGAUCUUGUAAUAGCAACAAAUAAAAAACGAAGUUCUUCAGAACUGUAUGGCAAUCAUUCUCAUAUAAAAAAGAAACGAAGUAGAACAUCAAAAGUUAACAUGCUAAACCAAACCCUUUCUAUACAAGAUGAUGAUACAGGCUUUACUUCAAAGAUAUUUGAUGGGUUAUCCUUUUUUGUCAUUUCUGAUUAUGUGGAUAGCAAUUCUUCUUUUAGAUUACGAAUUGACGAACUUAUCAAUAUAAUUAAAGUGAAUGGUGGUCAACUGAUUUUCAAUUUAGUUUCUCAAAACUUGAAUGAGAAAUAUGUUAGAAUUAUGUCGUGUAAAAAAACAUUCGAAUGUAAUGAAUUAAUAAAAAGAGGUUAUGAUAUUAUUCACCCAAAAUGGAUACUUGACUGUAUUGCUAAUGACAAAUUGUUGGAUUUUGAACCAAGUCAUUGCUUCAAUGUAUCACAAUCACUAUCAACAAUAAGCAAGCAACGAGUAGACCUCUUAGGUGACAGUUAUCAAAAAUAUAUCACAGAAGAAGAGUUGGAACUACUUAUUUCUUCCAAAACUCCAAAAGAGCAGCUUUAUUCAAAUCCACUACAAUUUGAUCAACAAAUUGAGAAGAUACCUAUAUUUUUAUUUUCGAACAAAAAAGCAUAUACUCCUAAACAAUGUUUUUCUGAAAAAUUACUAAAAGAAACUAAUUUAUAUAUUAAACUUUAUGGAGGUACUUCCGUUAAUAACAUUAAUGAUUGUAAUGUAAUAAUAAUUGGUGAUGAACAUUCUAAAUCGAGUAAUGAAAAAAUUAGUUCAAUUAGGAAAGAACUAUCUAUCCAUGCUGUAAGCAGUAAUAACGUGAUUCCUAUUCCUAGGAUUGUUAGUUAUAAAUGGAUUGAAAAAUCAAUUGCUCAAGGAACUCAAGUAGUAGAAGAGGAUUUUCCUAUUAUUUUCUAA